CCUUUCCCAAGAUGGCGGCGGCGGCGGCGGCGGUGUCCCUGGCUGCUGGGCGGUGCUGAGGGACCCGCCGCCCCCGGGACGCAGCGCGCGGGGCGCAGCACCGCCACUCAGGAUCGGACAUCACACCGGCACGUUUCCAGGUCGAUGCAGAGACAGAAGAUCUCCUUAGGGGGAGCAGAUCAGUGAUGUGACGGAGUGAGGGCAAAGCACCAGCUAGAGACACCACCUGGCACUGCUUGUGGGGGAGGAGAGCUCCCUCCUGGCAUCAUGAUCCGGAGACUCCUGGACCGGCCCUGCACCUUGGCCCUGCUCAUUGGCUUCCAGUUUGCCUUCAUGGUGUACUUCUCCUUCGGCGGCUUCCGGAACCUGACCUCCAUCUUCGGGCGUGACUCAAACCCCGUCUUCGACUACUCCCGCACCCGGGACGUGUACACCAACCUGAGUCGCCUCCUGCCCCGGCUGCCUCCAGGUGGCAGCCCCACCGGGUCCCUGCCCUACUGCCCUGAGCGCUCGCCCUACCUCAUUGGCCCCUUGACAGUGAGCUUCAGUCAGGUGCCGACGCUGAAGCAGAUCGCGGAGAAGAACCCGGCGGUGAGGGAAGGGGGCAGAUACCGGCCCGUGACCUGCGAGCCCCGCUCCCGUACGGCCGUGAUCAUCCCCCAUCGUAACCGGGAGACACACCUGCGCCACCUGCUCUACUACCUGCACCCCUUUCUGCAGCGCCAGCAGCUGCAGUACGGCAUCUAUGUCAUCCACCAGGCUGGGAACUCCACCUUCAACCGGGCCAAGCUGCUGAACGUGGGAGUGAAAGAGGCUCUGAGGGACGAGGAGUGGGACUGCCUCUUCCUGCACGAUGUCGACCUCAUCCCCGAGAACGACCACAACCUGUACACCUGCGACCCCUGGAGCCCCAAGCACGUCUCCAUUGCCAUGAACAAGUUCGGUUACAGCCUCCCGUAUGCCCAGUACUUCGGCGGCGUGUCGGCGCUCACCCCAAAUCAGUAUCUGAAAAUGAACGGCUUCCCCAAUGAGUACUGGGGCUGGGGUGGGGAGGACGACGACAUCGCCACCAGGGUGCGUCUGGCUGGCAUGAAGAUCUCGCGCCCCCCCGUAUCGGUCGGCCACUACAAGAUGGUGAAGCACAAAGGCGACCAGGGCAACGAGGAGAACCCACACCGGUUUGACCUGCUGAUCCGGACGCAGAGGAUGUGGACGCAGGAUGGCAUGAACUCGCUCUCCUACACGCUGCUGGCCAAGGAGCUGCAUCCCCUGUACACCAACAUCACCGCUGACAUCGGGACCGACCCCCGGGCGCUGAAGAGCAGGAAGGGGUCUGCGCCCGGCUUUGGGGGGCACAAGUACAAGACUGGGACCAACCAUGAGUUCAGGCAGGAGAUGCUGCGCAAAACACACCCUGCCAAGCUACCCUGGGCCACAGCAAACGGGGGGGAGCAGCCCCCACCCCUGCCCCAGAAGUCUGGACAGGAUGCUGGCCGGGGAGUGCCCACAGCCCCCGGGACACAGAGCGAGGGGCCUGGAGCCGCCGCAGGCCAGCAGGGGGGCAGGGAAGGGGCUGCAUGGGACAGCACCCAGAGGAAGGCCCAGGGGGGAGCUGUGGACAGCUCUGGGCCUCAGCGUGGAGCUGCUCAGGGCCCCCAGCCGAGUGCUGGCGUCCCUCCGCGGAGCCCUGUCACAUUGCAGCACAGCCAGGAGGCCGGGGCAAUGGAUUUGGGUGGGGCUGAGAAUGCAGGAGGCAGUGCCCCACAGGCCCUGGCCCAAGGGCAGCCUCCCGAGGCCCCCCAGACACAAUGGGACAAUCAGACCUUCCCGCUGAGCACCCGCUAACCAGAGAGCGCCCUGGACAUCAGGAAUGGGGUCGGGGCAGCCAGAGACUCGCUGUGUGAGCUGAGCCCUUCCCAGAACAAACCCCAUGGGGUCACGUUGGUCUGGAGGCCCUGGCCCUGUGCUGCUCCCAUGUGCCAGGCUGGGCUGUGAGGCCUGGCACCCAGGGGCUCCUGCCCAGGCCAGGAGUGGACAAGUCUGCAGGGUGAGCCCUCUGUGAGCCAAGUCUGAUAGGGCUUGGGCCUGUUCACAGUGGGCCCGGGCCCACCAGCCAGCUUGCCCCCGCUGUUGGCACCUUUGGUGCAGCCUCAGCACAGGCUGUGGCUUGGAGUCCCCCCGGCUGCUCUGUAAGGCAGAGAAGGUUGGCCCAUGGCUGCUGGCUGGGCCCAGGAAACCAUCGUGCUGGGGCAGUAGAUGGGGGCAGAGCCUAGGAGCACAGGAGGCAGGGGGUGGUUUCCAGCAAGGAGGCUAAGCCCCCAGGAAUGAGACUGGUUGUGCUGGUAUCUGCUGCAUCUUCACCAUGGGGCCCUAACCCCUGGAUGUGGUUACAGUGGGUCCCUGGCUAGGUCCUGCAGGGGAACAGCUGCAGUCAGUCCUGGCCUGCUGCAGGGGAGAAGCAGGUGCCAUGGGCAUUAGCUGGCUCGGGGCCCCUAGAAUCCUGGUGCUGGUGGGUGUUCAAGUGCUAGCUGGAGUAGGCUCUUCCUGAGCCCAGGUGCC